UCUCCGCGGCCGGGGGCGGGGAAAAGGAAUCGGAAACCGAAUGGGCAGCUGGGCCAGCCUUGCUGCCUCCAGCAUAGGUCUCUGAAAAUCAAAGGGAGGUCCUGCUAUGGCCUGAGAGAGAUCCCCCCUCCGGAGCAGCCAGCCCACUAAUGUUGGUGCUGCCUGGGGAGCUGCAAAGCAAGAGCCUCUGAGACAUGUGAGUCCUCCACAGCUCCCCUCUCAGAGCGCGCUUGAGGUCAGUUGGCCCUGGGUAGCCGGCUGAUAGGUGACGGUGACAUGGCUGUGCCCCCGGCUUUCCCACCGGGACCCCUUCAUGAGCCUGCCGGGACCCCCCCGGCGGAGCCCCAGCCCUGCCCUCGGAGCCUGGCUGAGGGCUUCCUGGGGGAGGAACUCCGGCUCAAUGCGGAGCUGAGCCAGCUGCAGUUCUCGGAGCCCGUGGGCAUGAUCUACAACCCCGUGGAGUACGCGUGGGAGCCACAUCGCAGCUACGUGACCCGCUACUGCCAGGGCCCCAAGGAAGUGCUCUUCCUGGGCAUGAACCCGGGGCCCUUCGGCAUGGCCCAGACCGGGGUGCCCUUUGGGGAAGUGAGUGUAGUCCGGGACUGGUUGGGAAUCGGGGGCUCCGUGUCGACCCCUCCUCAAGAACACCCUAAGCGGCCAGUGCUGGGGCUGGAGUGCCCACAGUCAGAGGUGAGUGGUGCCCGGUUCUGGGGCUUUUUCCGGAACCUCUGUGGGCAGCCCGAGGUUUUCUUCCGUCACUGUUUUGUCCACAACUUGUGUCCCCUGCUCUUCCUGGCUCCCAGCGGGCGCAACCUCACCCCCGCCGAUCUGCCUGCCAAGCAGCGGGAACAGCUCCUCGGGCUCUGUGACGCGGCUCUCCAGCGGCAGGUGCAGCUGCUGGGGGUGCGGCUGGUGGUGGGAGUGGGGCGGCUGGCGGAGCAGCGGGCACGGCGGGCUCUGGCUGGCCUGAUGCCCGAGGUCCAGGUGGAGGGGCUCCUGCACCCCUCCCCUCGGAGCCCGCAGGCGAACAAGGGCUGGGAGCCGGCGGCCAAGGAGAGACUGAAUGAGCUGGGGCUGCUGCCGCUGCUGACGAAGUGAGUCCCCGGGGCCCGGCACAGGGACCAUUCAACGCCCCCAGGUCCUUCUUGGGCGACGGAUGCCUACCCGCCUCCUGGACUGGAGCAGGAAGCCCCUCCUCGCUGGCUGGUCGCUGGGACCCGCCAGGGCAGUGUUGACACUACUACGACUCGCUCUCCUGAUUCCCGCCUUCUUCCCCUCCCUCUGAGCAUUGCCUUCUGGAACCUAACGCCACAGAGAAGCACCACCUGCAAACUGCUUCCUUCGCUGUUUCCUCGAGAGCCUGUGUUCAGCUGAGUGACCUCCAAGGUCACAUUGGCUAUUUUAGAGAAAAGAACCUGCCGGGAUGCGCACCCAUUCUCACAGAGCCGUGUUCCUCGCCUGGCCCUCUCCUCGGUGUGGCAGAGUGGGGAAGGCUCAAAGACCUCUUGAGACUGUGAACCUGACUUUGGGCAUGUUGAUUAACCCCUCCAAGCCUUGGGAUCCUCCUCCGUAGAGUGGGGAUCCCUGUCUCAUGGGGUUGGUGCGGGGUUAACUGGGAUAACACUUGAAGUGCCUGUGUGGUGCCUGGCACACAGAUGCUCAUUUUACCUCCUUUUUUUCUUGCCUCCGGUUGGGGAGUCACUGCACUACAAGGGAAGCCCUCCACUGGAAGGCCUUGGGGACAAGUCUUAGCCUCCAUCUGUGGCCUGGGUGAGGGCAGACUUGCCCUGCCAGAGAUGGACCAAUGACUUUAUGGAAAACCCAGCCUGUGAUUUUUCAGUCUAAGCAUUAAACUCCUAAAUC